UAUAAAAUAUUGAUUCGUUUGUUUUGUAUUUUAUCUGUGUGUUUCGAUUCCAUUCGACCAUCAAAUCAUCAAAUCAUUGAAGCAUCAACGAAGGAUAAUAUCAAAGUGAUUCUGUGUUUUGUGCAUUUUGCGUGUUUCUGUGUGUGUAUAAUACUGGUGAUUGGUGAUGAAAUAAUGGUUUGAAUCCGGAUCGCAAGGUUUUUUCUUGGUUGCUUUCUUGUUUGUGUGAUUUUUUCUUAUCAAUCAACAAGUUUUUUUUCAUUGUGGUAAAGUUCAUCAAAUAAGUAAUCUCAAAGCCCAGAUUCCAACAUUUUGAAAAAUUUUCAUCCAGUUUUUUCUCGUUCUCGUUCAAGUAUCUCAUCCACUAAAUCAAAUCAACUUUUUUUUUUGUUCAACAAUUUAAUUUGUGAUAUUUUCUUUAUCGAAAAACAAAGCAAAAUAAAAGUCUAUUGAUCAAUCAAUCAAUCAAUCAACACCUACCCAAACUUGUUAUGUAAUUGUUUUCUUUUUUCUUCAACAACAAAAUUAUUCUGCCUGUGUUUUCUUUUUUUUCUUCAGCCACCUGUAAUGUUCAAGUGUUGCUGCUGCCAACAAAAAACAACUAACACGUUAUCGAAACACUGCCCCAUCUAAGCAUCCAGCACUGCCUAUUUUCGAGAUUUGUUUUUUCAAAAUUUUGUGAAUAACCGUUUUUUUUUGUUUUGUUUUGUUCAAACAACGGAAAUAACAACAACAACCAAUAAUGAUCAUACGAUUAUUCAUCUGUGCCAUUUUGCAGUUUAGCAUAAUUGGCCUAACAUUUGGUGUUGUACCACAGAUACAACGAUUAAAUGUACAAUGUGAUCGUAAUGGUAUGAAAGUUAUGGUCGAAUUCGAUAAUCAAUUCAAUGGUAUUAUAUUUUCAAAAGGACAUUUUAGUGAUCCAAAUUGUCGUUAUGUAAAUCCAUCUGGCGGAAGAAAUGUUUAUGAAUUUUUUGUAUCAUCAUCAUCAUGUGGUACAAUGUCAAAUGAAUUGAUUGCAACAACUAAAGGUGGUGGUAAUGGUAAUGGUGGAAAAGUACCAGAAGGUUUUAAAAAUGUAAUCAUUAUACAAAAUGAUCCAGAUUAUCAAGAAGUAUGGGAUUCAGCAAGAAGAUUAAGUUGUGAUUGGGUACAACGUUUAGAAAAAACAAUAACAUUUUCACCAUUUGGUGUUGAUAUGUUAGGUGUAAAAGAAUUACGUUUCCCCGGUGAUACAGUUGAUUGUUGGAUGGAUAUACAACGUGGUCAUGGACCAUUUGCACCAACCAUUGGUGGUGUUGUACCGAUUGGUGAAAAAUUAACCGUUGUUAUUUAUGUUCGUGAUUCGGAUAAAUCAUUUGAUGUUCAUGUAAAAGAUUGUUAUGCAUAUGAUCAACCGGAUUAUCGUAAUCCAAAUGCACAUGCAAUUAAGCUAACUGAUGAACAAGGUUGUCCAUUAAAAGAAAAAUUGGUUCAAGGUUUUUUCCGUACACGUGAUGUACGUAAUUCUGGUGCAACAAUUAUUGCUUAUGGUAUUAUAAAUGCAUUUAAAUUUCCGGAAAAAAUGGAUGUAUUUCUUGCCUGUAAUGUUGAAGUUUGUAAAGGUGGUUGUAUGGAAAAUGUUUGUCAACCGGUUGUUGAAAUUGCUGGCCAAGAUUCAGUUGCAGCUGCUGCUGCUGCAGCUGCUGAUGCAAAUGCAGGUACCGAACUAACAACAACAACAAGUUCAACGGAUGAUGAUGAUGAAACGUCAAGUACGGAAGCACCAGCCGCUGAUGAUGAUAAUGAAGAUGAAGGAGGAGAUAAGGAUGAUGAGGAAGAGAAAAAAGAAGAAGAUAAACCUUCAGACGACGAUGAGGAAAGCAGUACUACUUCCUCUGAUGAUACAGAUAAAACCGAUACGGAUGAAGAAGAAAUUGGUGGUGAUAGUGAAAAUGGUAAAGAUACGGAUGAAGAUAGUUCCGCUAGUAGUGGUGAUGAUGAAGAAGCAAGUACUUCCGAUUCAUCAUCCGAUGAUAAUGGUGAUGAUGAUAAAUCAGAAGAUUCCGGUUCAUCAAGUGAAUCAGAAUCGAAUGGUACUGAUGAAGAAUCUACUAGUAGUACCACUAGUACUGAUGAUGAUGAAGAAGAUACUACUACCGGUGGUGGUGGAGAUGAUGAUGAAGAGAAAAAAGAAGAAACCACUUCCGAUAGUGGAGAUGUAGAUGAAGAAGCAGAAGAAGAAAAAAGUGAAGAUAGUAAUGGUAAUGGUGGUAGUUCGAAUGAAGAUGAAGAAUCCAAUGGUGAAGAAACUAAAGCCGCUGAUGAUACGGAUGCAGAAGAAUCAACCGAUAAUGAUGAAGAAAAAACUGAAGAUAAUAAUAAUGAUGAAGAAGAAGAAACAUCGACGACCGAUUCAAAUGGUUCAUCAUCAUCGGAUGUUGUUGCGGGUAAAAAAGGUGGCAGCACCGGUACCGAUGAACAAACUAAAGAAGGUGAUGAAGCUGAAAUUACAAAUGGUGAUGAUAAUGAAGAUGAAGAAAGUGAAGAAGAACGAAAAAAACGUAGAAUAUCAACAUCGCUUAAAUUAAAAGCUAAAAAAUCAACAAAAGUAUUGAAACAAGGUAAAAAAGGAAAAAAAUUAGCUAAAUCAGUAACAUCAGCUGCUGCUGUGGCUUCUAAGCCGGUUGUUGCUAAAAAACCAAAAGCCAAAGCUUCCGCAUCAAAAUUAGUACGAAAAUCGAUACAGAAAAAAACAUCGCAACCAUUACGAAAACAGCCAGCGAAAAAAAUUUUAAAACGAAAAUCCUCCAACACCACCACCACUAAUGGUAAAAAACCAGCAAGAUUGAUUCGAAAACCGGCACGAAAAUCUAAAUCAUCUUCACGAUUAGUAAGAAAAGCUAAAACCACUAGCCAAAAAGUUGGUAAAGUUUCUCGACCUAUUUUGAAUAAAAGAAAAAAAUCCGGUCAAUUAAAAGUGAAAAAAUCAUCGACGACAAGAAGAAGCAAUAACCGAACUAGUAAAGUACGUCGUCCAUCAUCGACAUCAGCUAAAUUAAUUCGACCAAUGCGUCAUAUUCAGCGAUCAUCAUCAUCGGAAUCGGAAUUUUUAUAUCCAUCAUCACCAACCGCAAUACCAAUUGAAUUACAACGAUUAUCCGCUACAAUGCAACAGAAUCCAAACGCUGGUAUUGUUAAUGAUGGACGUCAUAUUCGUACACGUCGAUCAAUUCAAUUGAAUGAUACAAAUUUAAUGAAUGUUACAUUUGCACCAAUGAUGCAUUCAGUACAGAUUAUAUCACCGAUUGAAGAUUUUGAUGAAAAAGAAUUGAAUGCAUGGGAAAAAAUGAUGCAACUGGAAGGUAGUGUUGAAUCAGUUGAUGAUUAUUCGAAUGAUUCGGAUGAUGAUCGUAUUCCAUCAUUUACAAUUGCAACAACAUCGGUUACAAGCAAUAAACGAUUAUUAUCAUUGAAUUCUGGUCAUCAUCAUCAUUCAUAUUGUUUUUCACGUAUACAUUUAAUUACAGCAUCUAUAAUGUUAUCAUCAAUAACCGUUAUAUUGUCAAUGAUAUUAUAUAUUUUGGUCAGCUAUAUCAAACCAAACACAAGUUCACAAUCAUUAGAAUUUCAAAUACCGGUUGAUCAAUGUGGUACAAAUACAUUAGAUAUUGAAUCAGAAAAUGGUGAACCAGCAAAACGUGGUUUUGAAAAUAUUGUCGUUUUCCAGAAUGAUCCAAUAUAUCAAGAACAAUGGGAUCAUGCACGUAUGAUGGUUUGUAGAUAUUCAAUGGAUGAUGAUUUUGAUUCAAAAGAUAAAAGAGUUAUAUUUAAACCAAUUGUUAUCGAUAUGUUGGAUGUUGUAAGCAUUCCAAUCGAAGAUGAAGAUGGUACCCAAUCCAGAGUUGAUUGUUGGAUGGAAAUAACUAAAGGUCGUUUUCCACAUACAACCGAUAUUGAUGGUGCUGUUAAAGUUGGUUCACCGCUUACAUUAGCAAUUUUUGUUAAAGAUCCACGUAAACGUACUGAUAUUCGUGUUAAAGAUUGUUAUGCGUAUGAUGAUCCAAAAAUAGCCGAAAGUAAUGGACCAGCUUUGCUGCAAUUAACCGAUUUUGAUGGUUGUCCAAAUCGACCAAAAUUGAUUGAAAUCUGGAAACGAACACAGGAUACUGGUGAUACUGGUGCAACAAUUAUUGCUUACACUACGGUUACGGCAUUUAAAUUUCCUGAUCGACCGGAUUUACAACUUACCUGUAAUAUUGAAUUAUGUCGUGAAAAAUGUUCAUCACGUUGUACAUCUGAAAUGCCUGAUCCAACAAGUGUUGGUGCAUGGACAAGAACAACAGUGGAUGAUGGUUCUACAAGCGGUGAUACCGGUACUGCUGCUGGUGAUACGACCAAAGAUGAUGCGGAAGAAUCAUCCGCAACAGCCGAUGAAGAUGCUAAAGAUGACAAGGCCGCUGAAAGCGAAGAUGAAGAAAAAGAAACGACCGAUGAAGAAAAGGAUGAAGAAGAAUCCACGGAUGCUGCUGAUGGUGAUGAUGAAUCAUCCAAAAUGACUGCUUCGGAAGAAACAAAACCAGCCGAGGAUGAAUCGGAAAAAGCUGCUACUGAUGAUGAUGAAGAAUCAACUGCAGAAGAUGAAAGCGCUGGUGAAGAAGCUACUGCCGAUGAAGAAGCAACUGAAGAUUCGGAUAGUGAAAAAUCUGCUGAAACAGCAGCCGCUGAAGAAAGUAGCGGUGGUGAUGAAGAAACUACAGCUGAAGAUGAUGAUGCUAGUGAAACUACUGCUGAUAAAGAAGCCGAAACAUCUGGUGAAGAAGAAGCUACUGCUACUGAUGAUGAUGCUGAUAAUGAAACCGCUGAUGUUGGUGAAGAUGAAAAUAAAUCUGAACAGGAAAAAGAACCAACAGGUAUGGCCGGUAGUGAAGAUGGUGAAGAAUCUGCUGAUACAGCCGCAUCAGGUGAAAAUGAAAGUGAAAAUGAAACGGCUGCUGAUGAUGAAGAAGCAGCGGAAGAAGCGGAACAAGAUGAAGAAGCAGAAGCAGAAGAUGAAAAGAAAAAAGCCAGAUUACAGGUAGCGCCAAAAAUAACCGUAGCUAAAAAAGUUUCCGCUGCUAAAUCAACGAAUAAAUCAAAAUCAAAAUCUGCUUCGAAAGCUAAACCAACAACAACAACCACAACGACGACGACAACAACAACAACCACAACAGCCGCACCAGUUAAAUUACGUAAAUCAUCGAAAAAACCAAAAGAAGCAUCACGUCAACGAAACAAAACAUCGAAUACGCCAACUACACGUCGUGCACAAAUAAUGGAUACAUCGGAAAAUGCUGUUGAUGAAAUACGAUCUGCAUCGGCUAAAUUGCAACAAAAACAACCAACUGCUGCUGCUGUUGCAUCCAAAAAUCGUAACAAAAAACAAAGUAAAGCAACACAAUUAAAAGAUGUAUUGCCGCAAACGCAAUCAUUGAUGGCCAAUCAUAUGUCAACGACAACAUUGCGUCCAUUGAAAGUAAUGAUGGAUUCAUCAUCAUCAUCAAGCGGCAAACAAAAAUUAGCUUCGAAAGCGGCAAAAAAAUCAAAAUCAACUAAAUCAACAGCGUCAACAACAACAACAACUACAACGACAACAACAACAACUUUACCACCAAAACCAAUGAAAAGAAUGGCUAAACAAAAAUCAUCAAAUCAAAAAAAUAAUGGUUCAAAAUCGGCUAAUCUUCGACGUAAUACACGUCAUAAUUCGGCCGAACAACAACAAAUUGAUGAAUUGAAUAAUCAAAAUCAAUCAUUGAAUAAUAAUAAUGGUGGUGGAUCUAUGAUUAAUCCACGGCAAUUAUCACCAUAUUAUAUGGGUAUUGUUGAUGAUACACCAUAUGAAAUGGAUGCAUUACGAUCAUUCUAUGCAUAUUCAAAUUUUCAACCACAACGUAUACAACGUAGAACUAGACGUAGAAUACGUUCAGUUGAUCCAAUAAAAUGGUCUCAUAAUAAUGAUAAUGAUAAUCAUCAGCAAAAAGGUGCCACAAUAUCAUUGGGUGCACGUGUAAUUUCCGGUUUAGAAAUAACUAUGUGAUCAAACAAAUUCAAACAAAACAUUGCCAUUAACACGCACACACACAGAGCAGGAUAGAUUUCUUCUUUUUUUUGAUUAGUCUUUUUUGAUUAGACAGUAAAAGCGAAUCCAAUCAUCAAACAAACGAAAAAAAAGUCAAUUUGGAAUCCAUAAAAAAAAACAAUCGAUUGGGAUUCAUGUAGUUUUUUUCCCCCUUCAUAGAGAGAUUUAGAUAAUCGAUACAAUCGAUAGUUUGUUUGUUUUUUUGCCACACAGGUAUCGAUGUAAUUAUAAUGUAGAAUUUUUUUUCUUUUCUUUAUUUGUCGAAAUAAUGGCCAUAUUU